GCACUGGAAGACAUGUCUAAGAACAGAGUUUUCGGGGUCUUAGCCCGUCUUGCCUAUUUGGGGCAGCAUCUCACUCGCAUGAAGACGCUAUCAGUGACACUAGUAUCAGUAUCUUACCCAUGACCUGCCUCGACUGUGGGGGAACUUCUGUCUGGGACGACGACGUCUGCUCUUCCAUCUGCACACAAUGUGGUACUUUAUCUGAUUCUGCUCAGUAUGUACUUGCCUCUCAUACAGAAUCGCAUGACUCUUCCGUGCGCCAGUUUCAACCUGGCUCAUGGCUCUCCUCAUCUGCGGCACCUCUGAAAAAUAUUCACAAGCAAGGAUGGAAUCUCGCUGGGCAGCACAAAGAAUCGCGUGACAGGAGGAAUGCUAUCGCCAUGAGCAUUUUCAUCAAUUCCGUCUUGACCAAGUUGAAAAAUCCCGGUCUAUCCCCACGAGCAGAAGCCAUUUUCACACAAGCCAUGACCAAAGGCAAAUACAGGUGGGGACGCAAGGCAAAGUUAGCUGCUGGUGCAUCCAUGGCUAUUGCCCUACGUGAGGCACGCAAAUCGGAUUCCCUCCGUGACAUUGCAUUUUUCCUUGAUGACUCACCGCUGUCUCUGUCGCGCGCAUUCGUGGCCGUGGUAUCUCUUCUGGAUUUCAACCUAAGGUCAUCAGACCCAGUUGUCCAUCUUCCCAUACUCCUGGCUCAUCUUCAAUCAUUAUUACAUCCUGAAACCUCGUGUUCUACUUCUCAUCUACCCUCGGACCUCGUUUCCAUCAUCACACCGUUGUCGUCUCAUGCGAUACUACGUACUGCUACGUCGUUAUCGGGUAUCAUCAGCCGAGAGGCUUGCACUAUACCCGUUUUGCAGUCUCCCACCCCUCCUAUCGCCUGUGCAAUGCUCAUUCUCGCACUUGAAGCGGAAACACGUAGCCCCCUCCCACACCUAAGCGAGCUAGCCAACGCGCUCGCGUCGCGCUUUGGCUUUGCGCGUGGUGUAGUUACAUCGCGUUACAAAGCAUGUUAUGAUUUAAUCGAGGAAUGGAUCCGAGAAGUCCCUUGGCUCGAUCAGUUCAUAUACAAGGGAAAGGGUCGCGGUACUUCUGCGCGGUCGAAAGUUCCGAAACGCUCCAUUGUCGCAAAGGGAAUCAUAGACGUUAUCCAAUUUCAAGAGGAGAUAUGGACGACGAAAAUAGCUGCGCUUGGAAAGGCUAGUAUUGUAAUUGAGGCAGAUCCGACAGAUGAAGACAACAACAAAGAUGAGGAGGCAUUUUCAAUUAAUGAACCUCCUGAGCUUCGCCCUCACCAGCCCCGCAAGCAACGAAAGACAAAGGAUCCUAGUGUCGAAAAUGCAUAUCAUUUUCUGCUCGAUCCUUUGUCCGCGAAAUCUUAUACUCUGUCGAAGCCUGUUGUAUCCGAGGACCCGAACUCUUCGACACCGCAUUCUGAUACUUCAUCACCGAUUUUAACUCCACCAACAGUUCCACUUGCGACGCAUCUCCUCAGCACCUUGUCGUACGAUUCGAAGCAUCCUCCUUCUCGUCUCCAGCUACUAGCUCUUAGCCGGGGUGGCGGGUCUGCGGAGCACAUUCAUGACGACGAGCUAUUUCUGUUCAGACUCCAGUGGCAAGAAGAUGUUGACACAGUCGCAGAUCACGCAGAUCGUGAACCAGAGACCGCCAGAAUGGAGGUGAGUCGGGGCUCAGGACGCGUCGAUAUGGAAGCUCUGGCACGCAUUCUAGGCGGGGAGGAGGUCUUCGAUGACGAGGAGCAUCAGGAAGAAAGCGAGUCAUCGGCGCCCACGACACCGAGACAUAUCCAAUCAGACGCUGCCGAGGAGGUAAGCGCUUGGCGGCCACUCUCGCCCGGGAAUACUUUUACGAGGCAUUGCAACAGUAUGGAUAGGUACGAAGAGGAGUACUGAUAUGUCUGUAGGUUAGACCCCGAGGCACCUCCACGGUCGGUGCAAAUGUUCUUAUUUUUCAUGCUACAGCACUUUUACUAUCAUGUAAGUAUUUAUGUGAGUAUCUCGCGCCCAGAAUGGUUAUUGAAACUUGCCUCUUUUGCUUGUUCGUUUGAAAGCUGGAACAUAAGGCAACUUUUCA